UAUAUAUAUAUACAUGUACUCGUCGUAUAUGACAGCAGCAGCAACCGUGUCACCAGCAAGUGCAACUGCGGCAGUGACAGCAUAUCACCGCGUUGGCCGCGAUGAUCUAUCGUUGGCCAUUGAAGAAUCGCUUUUCAGUGUAACCGAUGACAUUAAUCACGUUCAUCGUGCAUUAUUUUAUAAACCAAAUACUUCAUCAUCAGAAUUCUCAUUAUCACCAUCAUCAUCAGCAGCAGCAGCAGCAGCGGCAGCAUCUUCUUCGUUAUUAUCAUCAUCAUCAUCAGUAUCCUUGUUUGCUUCAGAAAUUGCUACGAACGUCAAUUAUACUUUUUAUAAUAACGAUGCACUGGAUGGUAACAACAACAACAAUAAUAAUAAUAAUAAUAACAACAAUAGUAACAACAAUUAUUCAUUUAACUCAGUAAACAUUAGCGAGGCAAUUAACGCUACCGAAACAGUAGAAUGGUCACAUUUUUAUGAUUUCAUAUUAUCGUGGCAGGGCAUCUGCCUGAUUAUCGUCUUCUGCAUAUUCAUUGUAAUCACAAUUAUCGGUAACACUUUAGUCAUUUUGGCUGUCAUUACAACGCGUCGCCUUAAAACUGUAACGAAUUGUUUUGUAAUGAGUCUAGCGGUCGCCGAUUUAUUAGUCGGCAUUUUUGUAAUGCCACCGGCAGUCGCCGUACAUCUAAUCGGCUCAUGGCAGCUUGGUUGGGUUUUAUGUGAUAUUUGGAUAUCGCUGGACGUUCUAUUGUGUACAGCAUCUAUUUUAAGUUUAUGUGCUAUAAGUGUAGAUAGAUAUCUUGCCGUUACGCAGCCGCUAACAUAUUCACGAAGGCGUCGUUCCAAACGCUUAGCUCUUAUAAUGAUUUUAAUUGUUUGGAUACUGGCAUUAGCUAUCACCUGCCCGCCUAUGUUGGGUUGGUAUGAACCGGGACGAAGAGAUUUAAAAGAAUGCCGCUACAAUCAGAAUGAAGGCUAUGUGAUAUUUUCUGCUAUGGGUUCGUUUUUCAUACCAAUGGCCGUUAUGAUCUACGUUUAUGCUCGAAUAUCCUGCGUUGUAGCAUCCCGACACGAUCAUAUGACCGAUAUAAGUGUACAUAAUAAAAAAUUCAAGCGCUAUACUACAGCUGAUGUGGAAAAUGAAUUAGAUCAUGACCUCUGCGAAUUGGAAUUGGAUUCGGAUCAGAAACGUUCGGUGACGGCUUUAGGUGCAUGUUCUAAUCAGACAAUUACGAAAGAUCUACAGGAAUCGAAUUUACUGUCAGAGGGUGAAAAUGGUAUGACCAAUACAGGUCCCACGUUGCUGGCUCUGCAGAUAUCACCCAAUCAUAGUCGAAGCGGUUGCUAUGAAAUGACACGAGCAUCGUCCCUAAAACGCGGCUCCACUGCCUCAUCGACCAUAACGACCAUGACGAGCGCUUGUACCGGCACCGGCACGGGUACGACUAUCACAGGCAGUAGCAUGGAGAAUCCGUGGACGUUUAAUACGGCCACUUCCACUUCUGGCGGCCGUUAUCAACAGCAGCAACAACAUUCCUCUAAACAUAUGCGCAGUUAUAGUGUACGUCAUCAUCAUCAAGGAAUAGCGAACUAUCCCGGAAGUCAUUUACUGACACCCACUUCACCCAAUCCGCAACAAGCGGAUACAGCGACAGCGACAGCGCUAGCAACAUCUUCCAGCAUAACCAUUCUACGUCAACCAACGCAACGGUCAACGGCUGCUACUGGCACUGGCAUUGUACAUCAUCAUCAUCAUCAUACAAAAUCGUUGUCAAAUCGCAUUUCAUCGUUGAAAAAAGAAAACAAAACCACUCAAACGUUAAGUAUAGUUGUAGGUGGUUUUAUUGCUUGUUGGCUGCCAUUUUUCAUCUACUAUCUGAUCACGCCAUUUCUCGAGGAACAUCAGGUCAGCCAGACAUUAGCAAAAAUACUCACAUGGUUGGGCUGGUUCAACAGUGCCAUUAACCCGUUCAUUUAUGCAUUUUAUAGUGUUGACUUUCGUGCAGCAUUCUGGCGUUUAACAUGCAAACGUUUUUUCAGUGCUUCCACAACAAAACCACAAUUCUCCGCCAAUACCAUAUCCAUACGUCGAUAGUUACCAUUUAUCAGCUAUUAUGCAAAUUCGUAAUUCUACGAUUAGCUCUAAGCGUCAUAUUGUAAAAGAAACAAAAAUGCAGUUGGAAUGAAUUUGUGCGGUUUGUUAUUUAAAAAAAACUUUAAAGACAGAGAGAGAGAGAGACAGUGAGUCAAUCAAUUCCAUUUUUAAAUUUAUAGAAAAAAGAAACCAUUAUUAAUAUUUUCGCAUAGCUUGUAAAGCAUGAGUUUUUUUCCGGUUAGCUAUACAAUUAAACAUGUCGCAUGCUCGACUGAUUGACUAAUUUUCCAUUAUAAAAUGAAAAUUUCAUACAUUGUUACUACUGCACUGUUAAGUGAAUUUUGUGAAUAGAAAAGAAAAAACGUGCAAUGCAUACAUAUCUCAUACGUUUCAUACAUAUCAUCGCAUAUAUAGCAAAUAGUAGAUUAAAAAAAAAAAGAAAACGAAAAUUAAGGCAAUAACACAUUAAACACCAUUGAAAAAAUAUACAUACAAAUUUAAAUGAUAAUUAACUUAUUUACGUUACAAAGGAACACCAAAUCGACAAAGAACACUGGCGACUAAAUGCACAUAAAUAGCAUUUAUGUUUCAAAUUGGAAUGCAAAAGCAUUUGGCAAUAUGUAAACAUAUAUGUAUGCUUGUCUAUGCACGCACGCACGCACACACGCACGCAACUAAAGAAAAAAUUGCAAUUUUCAUCAUGUGUGCAGCAAAAAGGAUAACUUUCUUAAGCCUUAGGAUAGACCUAAACAAUUUCAUUGAAAUUGAGUUAAACGCAACACAAGUAAAUGCAAAUUGAACCUUGCCUGCAAAGCUUUAGCUAAACUUAAUAAGAAAGUUAUGUUCGUCAUUGAGCAUUUUGUAACGGAUGCCAGGUAUGACUUGACCCACGGACUAAGGACAUAUUUACGUCUUUCUUAGAAGUGUCAAAUUUCUAUCACAACUUUUGCGACCAUAGAAAGUCUAACAACUUUCAAACUGACUAAUAAAUUUCAGGUAUUUGCCUAUAUUUAUAGGCGGAUCACCCACACAUUAUCUCAAGCAGGCGUGGUGCAGGUUUUUAUUAGGUAUUAAAACAUAUAUAUAAUAAGUAAUAAUUUUAUGCCAAAGGUAGACUUGUUACUCGUACGUGAUCACAUCGACUUUCAAACUUGAUCUGAAUGCACAAAAUAUAUAUCAGGUCCGAGUUUUGCCAAAUGGCCCUGAAGAAUAUUUUUACCAACUUUAAAAUCAAUAUUUGCAAUGGAUUAUUUAUUGCUAUUCUAUGUUAACGGUGGGCCUAUUAGUCAACUAUCUACCCAGAAAAUAUGUAUACUUAUAUAUGUAAUAUUCUUUGACUCUCUAUCUCGAUUUUUUCAACCUGGAACAUUUCAGGAGCGAAGGAGUGAAUAGACAUUAUAUAAGUUUCGGCUAUCUAUCUCGACUUUUUUCGACCGCAACAUUUCAAAAGUGAACGGGUGGGCAGCUUAUAAAUAUAUACCCAGAAAAUAUAUAUAUAUUUACGUAUAUAUCAUUCUUCAACUCCAUAUCUCGACUUUUUUAGACCGGAACGUAUCAGGUGCAAAUAAGUGAACAGACGUAGGAAUUAGACUUUGAUUAGGGGGGUGGGUGGCAAAGCGUGGCAAGAAGCAAAUAUAUUUGCUGACUGAUUAAGAAACUUUCAUUGGUUCCGACUAUACAUAGAAUAUACAGUCAUAAUGGAUACAUAAAUUGUUAAAAGAAAACCCAUCAUUGUGACAAACAUAAAAACCAAACAAGAAAUACCUGAUUAUUGGAUGAUAUUUGGGUAUAAUAAUUUAUAAUAUUUCAUAUGCAUAUUUGCUUACAAGACGAUUCCUUUCAUUUUAUAUGUGAUGAUAACUUAAUAGUUAAUGCCUUACGUUCAUUAAGAAAAUUUUAAUUGUAAUUGCAAUUAUUCGCACAAGAAAAUCUGUAUAAAGUUUUACUAUAAUUUAUUUGAAUUUACGGUUCUUGAGUAAACUUUUUAUGUGCUAAAGUAUAAGAAAAGUCAAACAAACAAUUAAGAAAAUUUAAGUAAGUUAUACCAUAAUUUUUAGCAUAUAAAUGAAAGAUUUUUAAUAUUUCAUACACAUGCAAAGGCUUAAUAUUUUUAAUCACUUAAUAUACUCGCUUAACA